AUGGAAAAUCAAAGAGUUUUCACCCUCUCACAAAUCUCUCAACACAAAUCCAACAAAAAUUGUUGGCUUGUCAUCAACGGCAGAGUGUUGGACGUGACAAAGUUUUUGGAGGAACAUCCCGGAGGAGAAGAAGUGAUUCUAGAGGUUGCAGGGAAAGAUGCAACAGAGGAGUUUGAUGCUAUUGGACAUAGUAAAGCAGCUCAAAGUUUAGUCAUGAAAUACCAAGUUGGUGUAGUCGAAGGUGCCAUGGUUGAAAAGGUUGAUGAUGAUAACGAUGAUGUUGUCGAAAAGGAAUCGGAAAGCAAAGAAAUGAGUGCUUUUGUGAUAAAAGAUGAUACUAGUUCAAAAACUGUGACAUUUUUGGAGUUUUUUGUUCCUGUUAUUUUUGCUUGUGUCUAUUUUGGUUAUAAGGUCAUCAUCGUAGGAGACAGUGUUGUCUACUAA